UUUGCAUAUAAGCAUACAAACACUAUCUCGCCUAACGUCUGCCUAAAGUACUUAACCUAAAGUAUACUAUUAUAUGUACCAUUCAUAUCGGGAUAUUUAAAGUGUAACCUUUAUGGAUGGCACAUGAAAUAAAUUGUCAAAAAUGCCACCACAGAAAACGCUGCAGGCUUUCCUGGCCACAGCUCGGGCCGCGUUAACGGCCCCGCCAUCUAAACGCUCGACUCCGUUGCACUUUGUUGUGGGUAAUGAAUCAGCUGAUCUCGAUUCCCUAUGCUCUACGCUGUUCCUGGCCUAUCUUAGGACUCACUCGCCACCCCAUACUCUGCACAUCCCGCUGUGCCAUUUACCCCGUGACGAUCUUUCGUUACGGCCGGAAUUCACCGCUGUGUUGAAACAUGCUGCUGUCACCCCCGACGACGUGUUGACGCUUACUGAGCUGCCUGGCGGAGACAAUGGUCUGGAGCCCGAGGACACGCGCUGGCUGCUCGUCGACCACAAUGUCAUGACAGGCCCGCUAGGUCAGACUUAUGGCAGCAGAGUCGUCGGAUGUAUCGACCACCACGAUGACGAAGCUAAGGUCCCUGACGAUGCCGAGCCGCGCGUCAUUGAAAAGUGCGGUAGCUGCAUGAGCUUAGUCGUGGAGCAAUGCAGCGAGGCAUGGGAGGCGUUAGCGAAGCGGGACGGCGGCAGUAACAAAGAAGCUGCAGAAAUUAAUGCGCAACUCGCGUAUCUCGCCCUCGCACCCAUCCUCAUAGAUACCACGAACCUCGGCAACAAGGAUAAAACGACGGCUCAUGACGAGUGUGCUGUAGCAACUGCCGAAGCCCACCUCCGUGCCGGCUUCGAGAGUAGUGGUAGUGGUGACGGGGGCGGAUACGACCGUGACGCGUUCUUCGCCGAGGUUACGGCCCUUAAGGAGGACGUCUCGUACAUGUCGUUCCGCGAUAUAUUCCGCAAGGAUUAUAAGGAGUGGGACGAGGGCACGCUGAAACUCGGCACCUCGUCCGUGCCGCAGGCCUUCGCAUUUCUGGCGCGCAAGGCCGGGGGCGAGGAGGCGUUCGCUAGAGAGUUGGAGAAGUGGUGCGAGGAGAAGGGCAUCGAUGUUAUGGCGGUGCUCACUACGGCGAAGGACGACGGGGAGUUUAGGCGGGAGUUGCUGGUCUGGGCGCGGGGUGGUGCGACGGUUGUGAAUGCUGCGAAGGCGUUUGCGGAGAGAGAUGGGAAGGAUAAGUUGGGCCUUGGUACGUGGGGAGGUGGAAAGCUUGAUUUGGAGGAGAAGGGCAAUUGGCGGCGAUGCUGGACGCAGGCGAGGGUCGAGCAUAGUCGUAAGCAGAUCGCGCCUAUGCUGAGAGAGGCGUUAAAGGGGGUCAAGAAGGAAUAGGGGGGGUGUAGAGGAAUGGCAUAUUAGAGUAGAGGUCUCGAAAAGACAUGCAUCGCGUAGAUUUACAAGGACGAGUAAGGUAGCAUCAGCAUUCAAUAGAUAGAUAGAUACCUACACUUGAAACCUCAUUUCUUUUUCUAAAA